UUCAGUCAGUCAAUUCUCCAUAAUCUGAACUGCGAGUCUUCGCCAAAAGUCUCUCUGUUUUUGGUCCCCCAUUAAAGGGAAAAGAGAGAAAAACUUGUACACGAGAAGCGUUUUUUCUCCAUUUUAGCACAAUAUAUUUCAAUAAUCCUUUCAAUAAACAUCAAUCAAAAUAUGGUUGAGAAGAGGCACAUUCAAGCAUUGUUUUUGUACUUUUUGGCGUGGUCUGCUACUGCUGCUCAUCAGCCUCAGACCACCAACAAGAAACAGUCAAAAUCGGGGAAAGGAUUUAGGUCCUCUGUGUUUUUUCCUGUCACUGGAGAUGUUUAUCCAAAAGGGUAUUAUUAUGUAACGAUCAAUGUUGGCCAACCUCCGAAAUCUUACUUUCUUGACAUAGAUACUGGCAGUGACCUUACUUGGCUCCAGUGUGAUGCACCUUGUACUAAAUGCACUCCGUCCCCACACAGUCUUUAUAAACCCAACAAAAACCUCAUCACAUGUGAGCAUCCCCUAUGUGUCUCACUUCGUGGACCUGGGAACCAUAAUUGUGAAACCACCGAUGAGCAAUGUGACUAUGAGGUGAAUUAUGCUGACCUAGGUUCAUCUCUGGGUGUGCUGGUCAUGGACUCGUUUCCUUUUAGGUUCACCAAUGGUAGCGUAUUAGCUCCUCGUCUAUCGUUCGGAUGUGGAUACAAUCAAGAAGUUCCGAAUUCCAUUCAUCCGCCUUACACGGAUGGAGUCCUUGGUCUUGGCAGUGGCAAGGCAAGCAUUGUUGCACAAUUGAGUGAGAUGGGCCUGACAAGAAACGUUGUGGGUCACUGUUUAAGUGGGCAAGGUGGGGGGUUUCUUUUCUUUGGAGAUGAUUUUCUCCUGCCUUCAGAGAUCGUUUGGGCACCAAUUUUGAGCCAAACGAAACACUACUCUCUGGGGCCGGCUGACCUCCAGUUUGGUGGCCAAGCUACUAACAUUAAGGGGCUUCCAAUAGUUCUUGACAGUGGGAGUACCUACAGUUACUUCAGUUCUCAAGCUUACAGUGCCCUAGUUUCUAUGAUAAAUAAAGACAUAAAUGGGAAGUUAACGACUGCGGUGGAGGACAAAACCCUCCCGGUCUGCUGGAAAAGUGCAAAGCCCUUCAAAUCCAUCCGUGAUGCCUCUAAUUACUUCAAGCCAUUGGCAUUGAGCUUCAGAAAUAGCAAAAAGGUCCAAUUUCAACUGCUGCCGCAAGCUUAUCUAAUUGUCACGGAACAUGGCAACUUGUGCUUAGGCAUCUUGAACGGAAAUGAGGUCGGGCUAGGAAAUCUCAACGUUAUUGGAGACGUUUCCCUGCAAGAUAAAUUGGUGGUUUAUGACAACGAGAAGCAGCAGAUAGGAUGGGCUCCAGCAAACUGCAACAGGCUUCCCAAUAUGGAUCUUGAUUAUGUUGACGGGUACUAUCGACCUUACGCAGCUGACUUCUUUCAAGAAACUUGCCCUGCAAGUUUUGAUUCUGGUAGGAAGAGGAAGCAAGGCAGAAAGUAGAUGAAGAUUAUUUCUUGCAGAUAUAAACUUCAUACUGUUCUACACAAUUUUUGAUGGUUUUGUAAGUUUAGUACUUUGUUGUUACAUAUGUAGUUAGAACCUUAUUACACUUGGGAAAGAGACAGGGCUGUAUACCAUAUAAUAAAUACACACAGUGGAAGUAUGUUUAUAAAAGAUCGUUACGACUACAAAUAGGUGUGAAGUGAGUUGAGGCAGCAUUCUAUGGUCUAGCUUGAUUGCCAUAUAAUCCUGCCAUAGCUUAUGGGCCAUGCUGGACCAGGCAAUCUUGGUCUAUGUUGAGGAAAGUGGACUGGACUGUAAAUUCUCGACUCAUUGAUCUACAUGGGCCAGAGUAAUAUUACAUGGCGAUAAAUGGUAAAUAUCUAGUAGCUUGUUGGGAGUUUGUCCGGUAUCUUUAAUUAAUACUCCUUCCGUCUCA